AUGACCAUCCAGAUCGAAUUGGAGAGUUUGCGAAAGGAGAGCGACGUCACAACCAUAAAGCGGAAAGGCCCGAGUAAUUUCUGUCGUCCAAACGAGAAAAAGUUGUCAGAUUUGGAGAAAGCGCGCGUGGCUCUCCAAAAUUCUAAACUUCAAGGUGACUAUGGAAUCGCCUCCGAGUUGAGAUACUCUAUCAUUCCCAAGCUUCAAGCUCAAUUGCCUCAAGAAGAAGGCCGACAUGGAGAGAUACUUCACGACUCUGUUUCUGCUAAUGACAUCGAGGCCGUAGUAUCUCGUCAGACUGGCAUCCCGAUCACCAAGCUGAUUUCUGGAGAAGUCGAGAAGCUUGUCAAUAUGGAAGACACUACGGCAAUCCAUCUAGCAGGGCUCUUCGGAGACAAUCGCGCGAUUGCUCCCUUCCUUAUGCUUGGACCCACGGGUGUGGGGAAAAAUGAGUUGAGCAAGAAGCUCGCAAGCUCUCUGUUUUCAACAGAGUCUGCCAUGAUUCGAUUUGACAUGAGCGAAUUCCAGGAAAAGCACAUGGUCAGCAGAUCGUUGGGGUCACCUGCCGGCCGUGUAAGCUACGAAGACGCUGGGCAACUCAAUGAUGCCGUGCGGAGAAAACCAGACGCUGUCCUACUGUUCGAUGGAUUUAAAAAUGCUCACCGCGAUAUUGCCAGCCUGCUUCUGCAGGUACUUGACCGAAGCUAUUCUCUCAGAUGCACAAGGACACAAAGUCGACAUUCGCAACACCACAUCGUAUUAACGUCCAAUCUCGGCGCUGAUAUACUUGUGAUUGCUGACCCAAUACAUCAAGAUUCGUCAGAACUAUAA